CAAGAGCGGGAAGACAGUCGCGCUGAUCAGCGCGAUCCUGGAGCAGUAUCGCACGGCGGACGGUUCCAGCGUGUUUGAGCGCAUCUACAUCUUUUCGCCGAGCAUAGAGAUCGACGACGGCUGGAGGCCCGUCAAGGAGUUCAUAGAGAACGAGAUGGGUGUGAACACCGAACGGGAGCAGGUCUACUUCGACAAGUGGGACGAGGGGGCACUCAGAACGAUAAUCGAGCAGCAGAAGAAGAUAACGAAGACCUCCAAGCACUGGGGCGAAAAAACUCCGCUCCACCGCCGGACCGGGGACGGCGCGCUGGACACGCUGUUCAUCCGCGGCCGCCACAUGCAGAUCAGCACCUGGGUCUCGUCGCAGAAGCUGCGCCUGAUCAGCGCGGCCGUCCGCGUCAACACGCAGUUCAUCUGCAUCUGGCGGCUGCGCAACCAAUUGGAGCUGGAGGCGGUGCUGGAGGAAUUGACCGCCCUGCUGCCCAAGCAGGAGCUCCUGGCGAUGUACCAUGAGGCCACCAAGGGAGCCUUAUAG